CCAUAAUCCCAUAUAAGUAAUCCCUCGGAUGCCACCUCGUGGAAUUUCAACGUAGAAUCCCCACGUCAGCGGCUAAGCCUUGAGACGCGCCACAAAGUUUCGGGGCCAUGCUUUAAAAACUAGACAUAUUCCAAGCUCUCCAACCCCCCCCACUGUAAAACAUUGACCAUGGUUCUUGACACUUUUCUGUCUGACCCAAGGUUUUCAUUGCUCUCCAUCCCAACAGUUUGGGCCCUGAACCUGGCACCUGCUCUUCUCAAGAAUGCGACCAUUGGGAUGUCCAUAGGCUGGGAUAAUGUCAACCCCCGAGGAAACAUAGGACGCAUACGCGAUGCAGGGUUGGCUGCAAGAGUGGACAGAAUGGAUGGCGCUCACAAAAACGCUAUGGAAUUGUUCCCAUUAUGGAUCGCUGCUGUGUUGGCAGCAACUAUCACGAAAGUUGAUACCCAUACGGUCAAUACCGCUGCUAUUGCCUUCAUCACUCUGCGAGCCCUGUAUACGUUGGUCUACAUCACUCAGAAGACCAAUGCACAAGGCUUUUUGCGAACUGCAGUUUGGUUGGCUGCGUGCACGGUCCCACUACAUCUAUUGUUCCAAGCUGCGAACGUGGCAGCACACCACUGAUUGUGUAUUUUAGGAGGGGCUAUCUAUCAUAAAUCGUGAUAACAUCCCGUCGAAAGAGAGGCUUGGAACAUUCUGAUGAUAAGUUGCA